AUGGUAUUUUUCUUCUAUACAGAGUCAAGAGAUAGCAAGAGGUCCCCUGAUCUGAACAUUGUGCUCCUGGGGAAGAGUGGGGUUGGAAAGAGCUCGUGUGGGAACACCAUCCUGGGGAGAGAGGCAUUUGAGACUCGUGCCUCCUCAUCCUCCGACCCUUUAACGCUGGGAAGUGAAAUGUCCAGUGGCCAUGUCAGAGGCAAACGUUUGGUCGUCAUCGACACCCCUGAUCUGUUUGGCUCCCAACUCACUCAUGAUGACCUGCAGAAAGAGAUUGCAACCAUUACCUCUCUGUCCUCCUCUGGUCCCUGUGUGUUCCUGUUGGUGAUCACGCUAAGGGAAGUAGGCCCUGACCUUGAGGGGAUGCUUGCUGUUAUCCAGGAAGCUUUUGGUGAGAAGGCAGUGGACGCCGCUAUGGCUCUGAUCACCCUUAGUGGCGUGGAUGAGAAGAAUAUCAGCUUGAUAACCAACAGAGCCAGUAAAAGGCUUCCUAAGCCACUGAGAAAUACGUUUGUUGUGUUGUUUAGGGAUAACCGGCAAGAUCAAGUUAGCAAUCUACUGGAAAAUAUUGAGGCAAUGUUAGAGAGAAACAAAAGUUUCUGUGAGACGUCUAAGGAAAAGCCACCUGUAAAACCAAAAUCUCAGGGAGUGAAGCUGUUCCAAGCAGUCAAGACAGAGCUAGAGGACGGACAGAAACAAGAGAGGGAGAGCAGGGAAAACAUCUGGCAGGAAGAACAGGAAGAGAGACGAUAUCUUCAAUUCUACAGAUGGCUUCAAAAAGAAAACACGCAGACAGGUAAAGUUAAACACAUGUUUUUGACUAUAUUUGAGAGAGUAUCUCUGUUUGAACAACCAAACUGCAACCACACCUUCCUUCUGCCCUUAGUGGACUGCGUGAGGGUGGUCCUGAUGGGGAAGACUGGAGUUGGAAAGAGUGCCACAGGAAACACCAUCCUAGGGAAAAAAGAAUUUAAGUCCUCUGGUUUGGCACAGUCCAUCACAAAAAAAUGUAAGAAAAAAACAGUAUGCAUUGGUUCCAGACAGGUGCAGGUCAUUGACACCCCAGGUCUGUUUGACACGACUGUCUCCCAUGAAAAGAUCAGAGAGGAGAUUGGGAAAUGCAUCACCAUGUCCUCACCAGGGCCUCAUGUGUUCCUGUUGCUGCUCUCCAUUGGACGCUUCACCCAAGAGGAGAGAGAGACGGUGGAGAUGAUCCAGGAGACCUUUGGCGAGUACUCCAAAGCUUACACAAUGGUUGGCUUCACCAGAGGGGAAACUCUUGAGGAAGAAGAACAAAACAUUGAGACGUACAUUGAGAAAAGCCCAGUUGCUUUGCAAGAACUGAUUAAAGACUGUGGAGGUCGCUACCAUGUUUUCUGCAAUAAGGACAAAGAGAAGAGUAACCAGGUAAAGUUGCUGUUAGCAAAGAUUGAUGAGAUGAUUCACCAAAAUGAAGGUCGUUUCUACACCACGACCAUGUAUGAAGGAACAGAGAAACGAAUUGGAGAAAGGGAGAUUAAACUCCUACAAAGGAAACUGGAGGAGUUGCACCGUAACAUGAAAAAGAAACAACAUGAUGAAGAAUGCAAAUCAAAGAAAAAGUUUGAUCAAGUUCGCAAAGAAAAGGAAGACGCUAUGAAAACGUUGGAGAGAUACAGGCAGCAGCUGGAUGAAAAUCAGGACCAAAGGAUCAAAGCAGUUGAGGAAAAGAUCUUCACUGAGAUCAUAAAGGAGAGAGACUUUUUGCGUAAAGAUGCAGAGAAAGCUCAAGCUGCAGAGACAGCAAAAACCAUAAAACCUCCCGAAAAGAAAUGUGUCAUUUCAUGAGAACUAAUG